GGCGGCGGCGGCCGCGUCGCCUCCGGCCGGGCUCGCGCUCGCCCACGCGCUCGCCCUCCUCCCCGCCCGAGCUGUGCGAGGGGGAAACGCUUUCUCCCGGCAUGCAGCGGGAGGAGGGAUUUAACACUAAGAUGGCGGACGGCCCGGAUGAGUACGAGCCCGAAGCGGGCUGCGUGCCCCUGCUCCACCCCGAGGAAAUCAAACCCCAAAGCCAUUAUAACCAUGGAUAUGGUGAACCUCUGGGACGGAAAACUCACAUUGAUGAUUAUAGCACGUGGGACAUUGUCAAGGCUACACAAUACGGAAUAUAUGAACGCUGCCGAGAAUUGGUAGAAGCAGGUUAUGAUGUUCGGCAGCCAGACAAAGAAAAUGUUACACUUCUCCACUGGGCUGCCAUCAAUAACAGGAUAGAUUUAGUCAAAUACUAUAUUUCGAAAGGUGCUAUUGUGGAUCAACUUGGAGGAGACCUGAAUUCAACACCUUUGCACUGGGCCACAAGACAAGGCCAUCUAUCCAUGGUUGUACAACUAAUGAAAUACGGUGCCGAUCCUUCAUUAAUUGAUGGAGAAGGAUGUAGCUGUAUUCAUCUGGCUGCGCAAUUUGGACAUACCUCAAUUGUUGCUUAUCUCAUAGCAAAAGGACAGGAUGUAGAUAUGAUGGAUCAGAAUGGAAUGACACCUUUAAUGUGGGCAGCUUAUAGAACACAUAGUGUGGAUCCAACUAGAUUGCUUUUAACAUUCAAUGUUUCAGUUAACCUUGGUGACAAGUAUCACAAAAACACUGCCCUGCACUGGGCAGUACUAGCAGGGAAUACCACAGUCAUUAGUCUUCUUUUGGAAGCUGGAGCUAACGUUGAUGCCCAGAAUAUCAAGGGUGAAUCGGCACUUGAUUUGGCAAAGCAGAGAAAAAAUGUGUGGAUGAUCAACCAUCUGCAAGAGGCAAGGCAAGCCAAGGGAUAUGACAGUCCAUCUUUCCUUAGAAAGCUAAAAGCUGAUAAGGAAUUUCGGCAGAAAGUAAUGCUAGGAACUCCAUUCCUAGUUAUUUGGCUAGUUGGGUUUAUAGCAGACCUAAAUAUUGAUUCUUGGCUCAUUAAAGGGCUAAUGUAUGGUGGCGUUUGGGCUACAGUACAGUUCCUUUCAAAGUCCUUUUUUGAUCAUUCAAUGCAUAGUGCAUUGCCCCUUGGGAUAUAUUUGGCAACCAAAUUCUGGAUGUAUGUGACGUGGUUCUUCUGGUUUUGGAAUGAUCUCAAUUUUUUAUUUAUUCAUCUUCCAUUCCUUGCCAAUAGUGUUGCACUUUUCUACAAUUUUGGGAAAUCUUGGAAGUCAGAUCCAGGGAUUAUUAAAGCUACAGAAGAACAAAAGAAAAAGACAAUAGUUGAACUUGCAGAAACGGGAAGUCUGGACCUCAGUAUAUUCUGCAGUACCUGUUUGAUACGGAAACCAGUGAGGUCCAAACACUGUGGUGUGUGCAACCGCUGUAUAGCAAAAUUUGAUCAUCAUUGCCCAUGGGUGGGUAACUGUGUAGGUGCAGGCAACCAUAGGUACUUUAUGGGCUACCUAUUCUUCUUGCUUUUUAUGAUCUGUUGGAUGAUUUAUGGUUGUAUUUCUUACUGGGGACUUCAUUGUGAGACCACUUACACCAAGGAUGGAUUUUGGACAUAUAUUACUCAGAUUGCUACAUGUUCACCUUGGAUGUUUUGGAUGUUUCUGAACAGUAUUUUUCAUUUCAUGUGGGUUGCUGUAUUACUCAUGUGUCAGAUGUACCAGAUAUCAUGUUUAGGUAUAACUACAAAUGAACGAAUGAAUGCCAGAAGAUAUAAGCACUUUAAAGUCACAACAACAUCUAUUGAAAGCCCAUUCAACCAUGGAUGUGUAAGGAAUAUUAUAGACUUCUUUGAAUUUCGAUGCUGUGGCCUCUUUCGUCCUGUUAUCGUGGACUGGACCAGACAGUAUACAAUAGAAUAUGACCAAAUAUCAGGAUCUGGGUACCAGCUUGUGUAGCAACAUCUUUAUCCUUUGAAGCAUAUUGCUGAGUGGUGCCUGAAAAUUGUGUCUGUCCGUGUCUCUCUCACACUCGAAACCACAUCAUUGAACAAUAGCAUGCUAUGUGUAGGGCUAACAGUGAAUUUUACAGUCUUUUUUUUUCAACACUUUAAUUAACAAAAGUCAACAUGGACAGAACACACUGCCACUUCUGGGAAGAUUGAAGAUCAUAAAAAGGAUUUUAAUGGUUCUUAAUGUGGGAAUUCACUACAUACUCAACUUUCUGGUUUCGUUCUCUUAACAUAUUUCAUGAAAAAAGAGUGAAUUUAUUCUGUUGACAGACAUUGUAUACUGAUCAAAAAUGUUCUGUUUUAACUGAAACUAAGUUUAUGUUAUAUGGCUACAUUUUAUGAUGCAGUCUAUUAAGAGAAUUGCAUCUGAUUCCAGAAUUAAAUUGAUUGAUAGCAUUUUGUACAUUUUAAAAUGUACAUGCAAAUACUGUGAUAAAAAAAAUCGUGGUUUUGUUAGGGAUCUACUGUAAUGUAUCUCAAAGGCACAAGAAAAUAAUGUUCACAAAAAUGUGCUAACAGUAUUUUGCUUAUCAGCCUUUACAAUGCUGGUAUAUUUCUAGUUCAGUGAAAUAAUUUGUAGUAACCUUGCUCUGAGGUUUUAUGGUCUAAUAAUGAAGCACUUGCAUGAGUAUAGUAAGUUAUAUUUUGUUCAAAUUUAAAAGCCCUACUAAGUGCAUGAUAUACUGCAUAGAAUGUAUAUUAGCAGAUACUAUCCAGUGAAGCAUAAAUUAAAAUUUAAUGUGCAAACAGUCCAAUUUUUGAGUUGAGGUGGGAUUUUUAAAGGCAAAACAAAUAAGCUAAUGCAAAAUUCUUAGUAAUAGAGGUAAAUGGAUAUACUUUUAAAAUUCUGAGCUGCAAAAUAAAUGUAGAAAAUAACAAGAGUUUAAGCUAAAGAUGGAGCAUGAUCUCUGUACAUAGCACAUGUGAAUAAAAGAAAAGCUAAUGGUGUAUUCUGGUUUUUUAAUGACCUAUCCGAAAAGUAGGAUUUAAUCCCCAAGAUUAUUUCACUUUUCCCAAUUUUGAGUAUGUUUUGAUGUUUGUUAAUGCUGAAACAGUUUCAGAAAGAUACUCUGUUAAAUGUGAUGCACUGAUCAAUUUUUGUUACAGCAUUUCCAUACCCUCGUGGUGAACUACUAGUCACUACUUCCAUGAAUAUUGUUUACAGAGUGAGACUUGGUUUAGUCCUCUUCAAUGCUGUAGCAAACUGUGGUUCGAGCAACCUGUGGGAAACCUGUGAGAGGGAAUGGGGUGGGGGAGGGGAGGAAGGGAAGUCAGACUGAUGACAGAUCCUAGACCAGUGUAAAGAAUGUGUAUCUGUAUAUAAAUAAUUUAUCAAAUACUUUUCUCUUUGUGUCUAUAUAUGUGUUAGUGUUUCUAAAGCUGCUCAUUUUAUUUUACCAACCAAAAAGAAAAGGGAGAUAAUUAAUGAGCUUCUAGUGAUGUUCAAUAUUGCUGUUAAUAGGCAUUAUACACUGCAAGUUCACUGCAUGUCCGAUGCUUGGUACAAUUAGAAUGUCCUGUAAACUGCAGGUUACAGGUAUUAAAGCAAUCUAUUGGUAUAUCCGCCCCUUGCCUUAGUAAGAGGAGCAGUGAAAAUGUAUAUAGUUGAUGUUCAGUAUUUCCAAGUACUACCAUUUUUAUAUAGUAGUUUCUUUGAUCACAAGUCACACAUAAAAAAAGAUUACCCUUAGUGUACCUGGGUGUUUUAAUAAUAGAAAAUUGGCAUAUGUACUUUAUUUUUGAAAAGGGAAGAGAUGGGUGUGGGGUGGCAAUAGCAUUGUGCCAUUUGUCAUAGAUUGUAAAAAACUGGUGAACUUUACAAAUAAAUGUCUGCUAGUUUUGACUAACAAUUAGGGGAAAUUUUAGAUAAUUUUUAAAUUCAAAGUUAUUUAUACAAUGCUAGGACUUACUUUAAUGUUUUGUAUUUUGAGCCAGUUCACAUGAAGACUCAGUUGCAAUUUUUGUCUAAUACAUUCUUAUCAACAUUUAAAAACUGGUAGUUUUCUCGGUUUGGAUAAGAAUAUUGUUACUGUGUCUUUGUGGUACAAUAUUCUUUUCAGUGCAAAGAAAUAUCUCAAUUAAAUGGACGAAAGCCCUAGAUGUAUAAUUACAGGGAAAAUACUUGCGAUGAAAGUGGUACAGUACUAAUUGUUCCACAGCACCACUGAAAUCUGUGACUCAGAAACGGGCAGGUGGUAAGGAGCCACCUGUGCAGCGGCGUACCACCCAUUUAACAGCUUUGUAGGCCCUGUGUGUAGAGUCAGUUCAGUCCAGCUCUAAAGAUGUGAAUAAAGGCAAACUUUUUGGGACUAGUUCCUGUCAACUUAAUCAGACACUUCUUAGCAAAUAGAAACUUAAUUCUCAGCUCUGAACAUAAUUCAUUGAUAAUUCUUUGGAAUUUUUUUCAUAUUAUUUGUAGGAGUUCAUUUGAAAUAUUAAUAGGCAUAAAACAGUGUCAUUACACUUAAGCUAUGAAUGUUUUUAUUUUAUAUUUUAUUUAUAACUGUGCCAAGUAUUAUUUUGCUACUUACUGUGUUACUCUGUGGAAAGAAAAACCUGUAAAGUGUUUAAUAAAUUAGUUCUCCUUACAUAAAUUAAAUCUGUCAAAAUUUUGUAAAAUAUUAAUCACAAUAAAUAUUGACUCUUAA